UGCGCAGUUUGAGAUAAUUUGAGACCGACUAUACGAAGUGUCCAACCGAUUGUCCAGCAUGUCUCACAUCCUGGGCAGCGCGGAGGACCUUGCGUCCAAAGACCUGGACAGCCUGGACUACGUGGCGUGUACCAAGGAAGCGUUCACGGACGCGGACGAGGUUUUCCGGUUGAUCGGUGAGGUGUCCGACGCGGAUUCCGUUCGAGCUGAGCUCCAGCUGACCCAGUUCACCAAGCUACUGUCCCAGUACCAGCUGCAGCCGCACCUCCUCGACAGCCACCUUGAGAAAAUCCUACACAGGCUCAUCGGGAUCGUCAAGGACGGGCAAACGUCCGUCGACCUGAAGCAUGAGGCCUUCAAGUACCUGGUCGUCGUGUCCCACGUCCGGGGGUACAAGACUGUCGCCAGGAUGCUGCCUCACGAGGUGUCAGAUUUGGAGCCUGUACUUCGGAUGCUGAUGGAGCAGGACGCUGGCAAUGUAAACACUUGGGCCACCAGACAUAUGCUGCUCCUCUGGUUGUCCAUCAUUGUCAUGAUGCCUUUCCACAUGUCCAAGCUGGACAGCUUCACUGCUAGCGAGGCCAACGGGCGGAAAACCACGAUGGAAAAGAUUCUGGAUGUUUGCAAACAGUAUCUCUCAGUGUUGGAUUCUUGCCACCGACCUGCAGCAUUCCUAACCUCGCGAUUUUUAACAAGGUCUGACGUGAUUAAACCGCACUUGGGCAUCUUCUUUGACUGGGCAAAUAAGCUGGAGGGAAACCCACCAGCAGGAGUUAUGGCAGCAGUCUGCUGGAUUUUCAAGCAUGGCAAGAGAGACGACCUGCUGCCUUUCGCCACUCCUAUGCUCCGCUGGGCUCAGAAGUGCACAAAGGGAGAUCAAAUGUUUUCCCUUACCCACAAGUUCGCGAUGAAACUGAUUCAAAGGAUUGGUCUUACCUAUUUGAAACCCAGGAUUGCACCCUGGAGAUACCAGAGAGGCAGUCGCUCUCUGGCCGACAACCUGAAAACUGUAGCAUCUGUUGAAAGCUCAUCUGAGAGUACAGCUGAACCAGAAGACGAAGACUUUGAAGUCCCUGAUGAGCUGGAGGAAGUCGUAGAAGAGUUGAUUCAGGGUCUGCGGCACACUGACCUUGUGGUCAGGUGGUCAGCGGCUAAGGGCCUUGGUAGGAUCACCGUGCGCUUGCCCAAAGAGCUGGGGGAUGAAGUGGUCGCAUCAGUUCUGGCAGUCAUGAACGCCAGGGAGGUUCCACAUGCCUGGCAUGGUGGAUGUUUGGCCCUGGCAGAACUAGGUAGACGCGGUCUUCUUCUUCCCUCCCGCUUGCCUGAGGUUGUCCCAAUCGUUUUGAAGGCUUUGGCUUUUGACGAAAAAAGAGCCAAUUUACCUGUCGGAGCGGUGAUUAGAGACUCAGCUUGCUAUGUCUGUUGGGCUUUUGCUCGGGCCUUUGACAAAGAUGUUUUGGAGCCUUACAUCAACAGUAUUGCCAGCGCUCUGGUCGUGGUCACAGUAUUUGAUCGAGAGAUUAACUGUCGAAGAGCAGCAUCUGCCGCUUUCCAAGAGAACGUUGGAAGGCAAGGUACAUUUCCUCAUGGACUCGAAAUCAUCACCACCGCUGACUUCUUUUCUGUUGGAAUAAGACACAAUGCCUUCUUGGAGAUAUCGGUUCAGAUCGCGCAAUUUGAGGAGUAUACCCUGCCUCUGAUUGACCACCUGCUGCAGAAAAAGGUUGAUCACUGGGAUAUUUCUAUCCGCGAGUUGGCAGCUAAGGCUCUGCACAAACUGACGCCUCUUGCCCCUGAGUACAUGGCGAAAAUAGUGCUUCCUGAGCUGCUCCGCCUCACCUCUUCUAUUGAUCUGCACACUCGCCAUGGAUCGAUAACCGCUGUAGGAGAAGUUCUGGCUGGUUUUUCAAAAUGCCCGCAAGAAAAGGAAAUGAUGAAAUUGUUAGAUGAUGCCACUUUGACUGAAACAAGAGACUUGGUGACUCAGAUUGGCAAAAGGCACCAAUUCCAAGGCAUGGGAGGGGAUUUGAUGAGACAGGCUGUGCUGAGCUUCAUCAAGAAUGCCUCCAUCGCCAAAAUGCCUUUCCACGAGCACACUCAAACAUUAGAGGACUGGCAGAAGGUCAUGAUAGACUCGAUGAAGCAAGUUGAUCCACAGACCAGAACAAGGUCUGUUGAAGCUCUGCCAGCAUUCUGCGAGCACUUCUGCAAAGACCUCGAGGGCAAAAUCCUGCCUCGACAGUCAACACUGAUAACCAUAUUGCUAGAGGCUCUGUCAAACAUACAGGCUGAAACUACCCGCAUGGGUUUCUGCAAAGCCGUUGGCGCUUUGCCAAGAUUUAUGUUUGAAGGGGUGAGCGCGUCGGUUAUUCACACACUUGCGAAAUGUUCCGAAAUCACAGCUGAAACGACAAAAUGGACUGAAAGCAGAAGGGAUGCUCUACUGGCCCUUUCUGCCGUUUGCGCCACAACAGGCACAACUCCAUCUGCCCAAGGGGAUGAAAGUUGGUGGUAUCCUAACCAAUCGGCCAUAGUUUUUCACCGUUUCAUUGAUGGCCUUAAUGACUACACCAGAGACAGCCGCGGUGAUGUUGGAGCUUGGGUCCGGGAAGCUUCCAUGUCCGGUCUUCAGAGCACAGUGCAGCUGGCGUUGAUCUCUAAACCUUGUGUUCUGACUGAAGAGCUGAUGACUACAGUGGUUGGCAUGGUAUCCCGAAACGCUGUUGAGAGAAUUGACAGGACCAGGAAACAUGCUGGCAAGGUCUUUAGCAAUCUUUUAUACAGCCAUCCAACCAACAACAAAAUUCCCUGCCUUGAGUCUCUCCUGCAAAUCUUCACACUUGAAAUCUGCCGCGAAAUCAACUGGAGCGCUGAAGUUCAGACUUUUCCACUCUUCACCCGCAUGCUCGCCCUCCCACCUUACACGAGCCACAUUCUAAUGGGACUUGUUGCCAGCGUCGGUGGACUUACUGAAUCUCUGGUGAAGCAUUCAAGCAGCGCAUUGUUUGAAUAUCUCGGCCAGCAGUCACGUGAAGAGUUGGCCCGCAUUUCAAAGUGCAUUUUGAACAUCUUUGAGGAGCAUCAGGGUCAAAACAGAAUCACAGAGCCUCUUAUGCGCUUCCUUGACCGUCUGUUUUGCUCAAGAGUGCUGGUCGAGCAAGAUGGAACUCUGCCUGCUGAUUUUGCCAUCAACCUGGUCAAAUUGGUGUCCAAGGAAACGGCCAGGUGCUCUUCAGUACCCAAAUACCUUGCAGCCAUUCCUGUCCUUUGCCAAGUUGCAGCCAUCAGAGCUGAGAAAAAGGCAAGCGACACUGCGCUGUCAUACUUGGCAAUUUACUUGUGCCACAACUAUCCCCGCGUGCGUGGCUUUACUGCAGAGCAAAUGUACGAGGCGAUCAUGGUCGCGCAAGAUGACGGUUUCUCUGACUUGAGCCCAGAGGUCGUUCUUGGUCUACUCAGCGAGACCGACUGGACUUACGGCAAGAUUUCUGAUCUGCAGCCAAUCCGCAAUGAUAUAUGCGAUAAGCUGCAAAUUCCGAAACCAAAACGCGUGCAGAAGAAAACGACUUAAGCUCCCUCUGAGUUUCACACCAUUUUUGCAUGUUUGAUAACUCACACUAUUAAUCUGUGUUACGUUACUAAAGUUAUGUUAUUUUUAUUUUUACUUUUGCACUAAAUUUCAAAUUUUGGUAUGAGCACUGAAAUAACGAUAUUAUUUAGAGCUGAAAGCACCAAAUUAACAUUAUUGUUAUAUGUAUGUGAUAAAAAAGCAUUUCAUGCGAAAAUUUUGCUUCUGCUGAAAUUUAAUUAAAAUAAAGAGUCGGUAAAAUA